ACUAUUAACUACGUAAGCACCAUCUUUUUUUUGCCGCGCCUCUAGCUCUCUCAUUCUCAGAGAGACCGAAUUUCGAGCGAAGUUUAAGCAAAAUUCGUGUUAGCGUCCACGACGACAUUGAAAACGGCAACCGAAACCGAACGCUUGUCAAGUCAAAAAGCAGUAGAGAAAAAGAAGGCGACGAAGACAGCAGCAGCAGAAAUCGACGCCGCACGUACCGGGAGCAUUUAAAUAAUUUUUUCUGUGGAUUAAUUUAACUAAAAAGGAUUUAUACACAAUGACUGAACGUGAAAACAACGUCUACAAGGCAAAAUUGGCCGAACAGGCCGAGCGCUACGAUGAAAUGGUCGAGGCCAUGAAGAAGGUCGCCUCGAUGGACGUUGAGCUGACCGUUGAGGAGCGUAACUUGCUGUCGGUUGCCUACAAGAAUGUGAUUGGUGCCCGUCGUGCCUCAUGGCGCAUCAUCACUUCCAUCGAACAGAAGGAGGAGAACAAGGGUGCUGAGGAGAAAUUGGAUAUGAUCAAGACCUAUCGUGGUCAGGUGGAAAAGGAGCUGCGCGACAUCUGUUCGGAUAUAUUGAAUGUGCUCGAGAAACAUCUCAUUCCAUGCGCCACAUCCGGCGAAAGUAAAGUAUUCUACUAUAAGAUGAAGGGCGAUUACCAUCGCUACUUGGCCGAAUUCGCUACCGGUUCGGAUCGUAAGGAUGCCGCAGAAAAUUCAUUGAUUGCCUAUAAGGCAGCAAGUGAUAUUGCCAUGAACGAUCUGCCACCAACACAUCCCAUUCGUUUGGGUCUGGCAUUGAACUUCUCGGUCUUCUACUAUGAGAUCCUUAACUCGCCGGAUCGUGCUUGCCGCUUGGCGAAAGCUGCUUUCGAUGAUGCCAUCGCUGAGCUGGAUACGCUUAGCGAAGAGAGCUACAAAGACUCUACACUCAUCAUGCAGCUGCUGCGAGACAACCUCACAUUAUGGACGUCCGAUAUGCAGGCAGACGACUCCACAACAGGUGAUGGCGAGACCAAACAGGAGAUUCAGGAUGUUGAGGAUCAGGAUGUGUCGUAAUUUAAGUAAACCCCCGCCCUUCCAUUUAAAACCACACACAAAACAAAAAAAAAA